UAUUGCCCCUGCUCUCAAUCCAAUACUCAUAUAUACUAUAUGCCUGUAUGCAUAAAAGGCCAAAAUUCACAGAGAGAGAGAGAGAGUGCAAGCGAAAAUUGCGAGACAGACACUGAGAGAGAGAACGAGUCAACCUCGGCUACAAAAUGUUUCAACCCAAUAACCAGCUUCCAGUUCAAACUAUCAAAGAUUCAUCAGCAUUGAUGCAAGUUGAUCAGACUGAGAAAAGUAUAGUUGUAAGGGAUGAAAAGCAAAAUGGAGGAUUUGCACAUGCUGAGACUAUCAUAUACUAUUCUAAGAGACUUCAAGAUGAUCUGCAAAUGUUAGGGAUGAAAAUCAAAGGUCAUGAGGACAAUAUAAAAUUUCUGAAUGCUCAAAAUAACAAAUUAGAUGACCUCAUUCUUGAUUUGCAAGUUACCUUGGGCAAGCAUCAUGGUUCGAGCACUCCGAAGAUUGAAAUUGAGAACCAUUCCCAACUUCAGACUGAGGACCAAACAACUGAACUGAUUCUACAGCAUGAAAAAUCUGCUGCUGGUAUUUUGUGUCAAUUGAAAGCUCGACAUGGUCCUCAGGCUUCCCAUCUUCAAUUGACCAAGGAUGUGCUGGGUAUUGUUGCUACACUUGGUAAAGUGGACGAUGAUAAUCUUAGCAGGCUUUUUUCAGAGUACUUAGGGUUGGAGACUAUGCUGGCCAUUGUCUGUAAGACUUAUGAAGGUGUUAAAGCCCUAGAAACAUAUGACAAGCAAGGCUGCAUAAAUAAAAGUUCUGGUCUUCACGCACUUGGUGCUACUAUUGGAAGGAAUAUGGAUGGCAGAUUUCUCGUCAUUUGUCUUGAAAAUAUAAUGCCAUAUGCAGGUGAGUUUGUAGCAGAUGACCCUCAAAGGAGGCUUGAUCUUGUAAAGCCAAAAUUACCUAAUGGGGAGUGCCCUCCUGGCUUUCUUGGGUUUGCUGUCAAUAUGAUCAAUGUGGACAACGCAAACUUAUUUUGUGUCACAGCUAGUGGACAUGGCCUCAGGGAGACUCUAUUUUACAAUCUCUUCUCUCGUCUUCAAGUAUAUAGAACAAGGCAAGACAUGGUAAGUGCUCUUCCUUGUAUAAGUGAUGGAGCCGUUUCUUUGGAUGGAGGGAUGAUUAGGAGUACCAGUGUGUUUUCCCUAGGGGAUCGGGAAGAUGUAGAUGUGAAAUUCCCAAAACCCUUGGUGACUUCAACCCUACCUGAAAAACACAUUGAGGCUGAGAGGCAGGUCAAGGAGGUGAGAUGGAAAAAAGAAAAAAUGCAGGACGAUAUUCAAAGAGAACAAGCAUUAUUGAAUCAUGCAAAGUUCAAUUUUGAUAGAAAGAAGCAAGAGUUUCUGAAGUUCCUUGCUGAAAGCUCAUCAUAUGUAACUCAGGCAGCACCAGUGACCCCAAGAUGAUGUUUAUGUUAAACAAACCAAGCCUAAAAUUAGUGCAGUUGGAGGGAAUGGAGGAGCCAUUACAGUCGGUGUUUGUCAGCAUGAGCUAUGGCUGAGAUCCAUGCUUCGUUUCCAGUUGUGGAUGCAAGAAAAAGGUGGUGGUGAGGGAAAGGCGUAGGUUUUGGGUCCAGUGACACGAUUUUUUCCCUUCCAAUACUGAAGCCGCAGAAGCGGCAUUAAAUUAGGAAUCCCUUGGUACUCAGUAUGCUCAUGAUUACACUGUAAUGCAAGAUUAGAUUAUUGAAGAUGCAACUUCAUUUCCUUCU